GCUACACAAUGCUGCCUCUAAAGCAGAAAAGAACCACAUAAAAAUCCGAAUUAAUCCUGCAAACGCUUAUUAUGACUCUUAAUGAUCAAGUAUAUAAUUUUAUAUUCAAGACGAGCAGCUAUAUUGGACACUUGGAGGUUUAACGGGGCAAUACAAAAAGCGGUGUCACGUGUUAAAGUGCCAUUUGGCCUGUGCGUAUUUUGUCCAUCGCGGGUUCCCGUACGACAACACGGAAGUAGAGGGAAGCUUAAUAUGCGUUGAAACAGCGCCGCGUUUAGCUCACUCACAAACGGGCGGCAAGUAGCUGGAAUAGAACUCAGCCUAUGUUAACUAUGUUAAUGUUACAUUUGCGUCACAGUUAUGUCGUAUAACGGCAGGAAGCGAGGCCCGUAGUUAGCUCGCUAGCUAGCAGGUACCCGUACGACAACACGGAAGUGGAUGGACGCUUAUUAUGCGAUGAUUGAACAAUACCGCGUUUUAGCUCACAAACGGGCGGCAAAUAGAACUAAGAACAUAGAAUAGAACUAAGCAAAGACUGAGUUAAUGUUUUAAGCGAGCAGCUUUCACAUUUGCGUCACAGUUAUGUCGUAUAACGGCGGGAAGCGAAGCCCGUGGUUAGCUCGCUAGCUAGCAGGUACCCGUACGACAACACGGAAGUGAAUGGACGCUUAAUAUGCGAUGAAACAAUGCCGCGUUUUAGUUCACAAACGAGCGGCAAAUAGAACUAAGAACAUAGAAUAGAACUAAGCAAAGACUGAGUUAAUGUUUUAAGCGAGCAGCUUUCACAUUUGCGUUACAGUUAUAUCGUAUAACGGCGGGAAGCGAAGCCCGUGGUUAGCUCGCUAGCUAGCAGGUACCCGUACGACAACACGGAAGUGGAAGGACGCUUAAUGUGCGCUAAGCUCACAAAUGCGCGGCGGUUAGCUGAAAUGAAAUAUAACUAAGCCAAUACAACGACUUUGUUUUUACUGCCUUUACCUUUGCGUCAGGGUUAUGUCGUGUAAAAGCUUGAAGCGGGGCCUGUGGUUAGCUAGCUAGCUAGCGUGCUAGCCGUGUGCUGAAUGAACACACAUGAAUGAAAAGUGUUCAGAUAGUUGAUUUAUAUGUAAGACGAAAACGGUUCAGGACAUGUUCCGGACCGGGUUCCUAGUUCGGGCCUCACAUACCGUACUAACGUGGGUUAUAACCCUGAUUCUGUUCGUACACAACACUGAUCUGCGUCAGUGCGAGGAGCGUGGGGAACUGCUGCUUCCGGUUCUUUUCUUCCUCCUGGUGGUGCUUUCAGUGCUCCUGUACUUUGCCGUGUCCCUCAUGGACCCCGGAUUCGUCCUCUCUGACACUGUGAAGGAUUCAGAUCUGGAGACAGAGUCCAUGAUGCCUCAGGCCUCCACGGCGCCUCGUCUACGGCGUUGCGGCUUCUGUCUGCUGCAGCAGCCAAUGAGAGCCAAGCACUGUCAGACGUGCAAACGCUGCGUGCGUCGCUUCGACCACCACUGCCCCUGGAUCGAGAACUGCGUGGGCGAGAGGAACCACCGCUGGUUCGUGGUCUACCUCGCCGUGCAGCUGCUGGCGCUGCUGUGGGCCCUGCAGGUGGCGCUGUACGUACGCCGACGCCCGCUCUCACCCGGCCCGCCUCCCUCAAACGCACCUUGUCCCCACGGCAGGUCUGGCAUCUCCCCCUCCGGCACCUGGGAGUCGUGGUUGCGCGGCAACGGCUUCCUGCUGGCGGCGCUGUGCGUGGCGGGCGUCAUGGCGGCGGUGGUGGCGGUGCUGCUGGGCUGCCACGUCUACCUGGUGUCCAUCAACCGCACCACCUGGGAGUUCAUGUCCCGCCACAGGAUCGCCUACCUGAGGGAGCGCGCCGACGAGGACAACCCCUUCGACCGCGGCGUCCUCUGCAACCUGUGGGACUUCUUCUGCGCCUGCGGGGCGGUGGCGUGGGAGCAGGUCUACCACAGGAACACCCACGACCCCGUCUGACUCCAGGUACGCGCACGGGACGCACGGCAACACAGGAAGUAGAUGCUUCGUUUCAUUCGUUCACAGCCACGGCCUUUACUCAUGGACACGCCCCCUUAUGAAAUUAAUAAAGCACAUGUGGAGCAUGGACUACAUCUAUCAGGACGGCUCUGGCUCUGUGGCCAUGCGGCAGUUCACGUGGCGGGUCGCGGCAGUGGGCGGAGCUUGUCACGCUUCUCGGGUCAGUCAAAGCGAGCGGAAGAAUUGCUGGAAGCGUCCGUGUCGGCGGCCGC